AUGCUUGGUAGUGUUCGUGUUGCUGUGCCCCGUGUGAUUCCUCGUAGCGCUCCUCUGGCGCGUAGCAUCGCUACCAAGGGUGACCGCUGGACGCCGGCUGUCGCUCGCGAUGCUCAGCAGGUGCUGGAGGGCCCUAACGCUCUGGAGCUGAACAAAGUUCUGCCGAACAUUGAGGCCAUGUGGCCGAAGAUGGCCCGUGAGGAGCAGUACUCGGUGUACAAGCUCCUGGAGGAGGUCCAGCGCAAGGACUGGAAGGAACUGACUGUGGACGAGAAGAAGGGUGCCUACUUUGUGUCGUACGGCCUGCACGGCCCGCGCAGGCCCACUACGCCGCCGGGCCAGAGCACCAAGGUGUUCAUCGGUACCCUGUUCGCCGUGGCUCUCGGUGUCACGGGCUUCUACGCCGUCCGCUCGAUCGCCGCUCCCGCGCCCAAGUCCCUGACCAAGGAGUACCAGGAGCAGAUGAACGAACGUGCUAAGGAGACCAAGCAGAACCCAAUUACGGGUAUUGCCAGCGAGGGCUACAAGGGCAAGGGCCAUGUUGUCUAA